AUGCCUACGAAUGGUACCCUGUUAUCCUCUAGCUGGCUCGUGUGUGGAGAUACGAAAUUGCGUUCUGAACCUUGUCUCCUGGCGGGAUGCCGGCGAUUCCGCGGCGCGAACCCGGCGGUCGACGACUUCCUGUUCUUGUUGGUCGUGCCGGAGUUUACAGGUUCUUUCAACAACGACCUUGACUUUGUGGCACACCUCUGUGUGAGUCAUUCUGUAGCCAGCUUCGCGCGCCAGCUCUUCGAGGACGAGCGGAGAGUGAGCCACUUCUACUGCGACUGUGCCAUCAUGCGGGACGAGGAGCUGCACUUGGCCUUCGUGUCCUCGCUCAUGGCGUUGGAGCCCGUCAAUUUUCAUCCGGACUCGCCAUACUUGGCGCAGCAAUGCCUUCGGGCCUCUUUGGACAAUCUUCGACUCCAGCCGGUUUUGUGGCUCCAACAGGGCAGUGGCAAGCUGGAAGAUCACGUGCCGGCAGCUCGCCCGGACAAGGUGCUACCAAAGACGGACCUGGGAGCCCUCAGAAGCAAGGGCUCCUUGUCCAGCGUGUUGGCAGGCUUCUUGGCAGGCAAGCGUCAGGUGGACCCGAGCCUCGAAGAAGGCCCGGCGAAGUUGACCGAGAAGGUCGUAGAGAAGAAAGAUGACGGCAGCCUGGCAGCCGAAAGUGCUGGUGCGGCAGAUGCUGCACAGGCAGCUGAUGGCCCUGAUGAGGCGAACAUGGUGCAAGACAGCACGGCUGAAAAGCUGGAGGAGGCCGCCCUGGCCUUGAACGAGACGGAGGAGCUUCUGAGGCAGAUGGAGUUCGAGGCACAAGAGACCCGGAGCCGGCCUGACCUUGACCCAGAAGAACCCACCAAGGCUCUGCUUUCGGAAGCCUUGACCAGCUGCUUCAACGUUUUGGACCUGGAGGACAUGGCAACGGAGUGUCCGGUGGAUGACGAAGGCCCCUUCGAUGCCCAUGCUGUCGAAGGCUCUGACAUCCAGCCUGCCUGCGAAGGCGCAGGCCUACUGAAGGAGCCCCAGCAUUCUGUCCUGGGCGGCUCAGCUGCGGACCUCGGCGCCGAGCUCGCAGAUGCCUUUGGGCUGAAUGCAUCUAUGCCAAGGGAGGAUGUUCCGGAGGUCGCGAUUGGGUUGCGUGACCUCGUCCAUGCUGGGAGCAGGGCCAGGCAGGGAGAUGCACAGAGAUCGUACUUGGGGAGAAGAUCUGUGCCCGAGAUCGGAUCGCCUCCCAUGCAGGCUUCGCCUUCCUCGAGCAGCAGGUUACGAGCAGUCACAGCAACCCUUCCACUCGACGACCACAGCGCAUCGGCUGGUGAGGCUGAUGAGGCUGACGAUGCCAUCGCCGCCCUGGAGGGGCUUUGGAGGGACUCGCGACAGGACACUGCCAGGAGGCUCAUGAGGGCCUCCAUUUCCGUGGCAUCGGCCUCCAAGCUUGCCCGCAGUGACGCGCGGUCACGCGGAGCCAGUGACGCAAAAUCGGAGUCGGGCGCGUCGCACCCAGGCUCUUCCAGAGCAGCGCAUUUGGAGUCUCCGUUCUCGGGAGACGGCUCGGGCAGUGACUCUGAGAGUUCCUCCCAGCGAUCAGUGUCAACGCCAUCCCUGCUCGCGUUGCAGGGUGAGCCUUCGACACUUUUUCCAUCGCACGGGGUCCACUUGGAGUGGAAGUUGAAGAUGCACACUCGGCUUCCGAAGGAAGUGCAGGUGUCCAGACAACGAGGUCUGUGUCCCGGGUGCAGAGGGAGACUUCCUGCUAUCUCGCUCUUCCAGGGGCCCAGAUACUGCCACUACCUGGGCUACUAUUUCUGCACAGACUGCCACCACGGCGAUAUCCGCGUCAUCCCUGCUCGAGUGGCGCAGCGCUGGGACUUCGAACCCAAGAAGGUGUGCAGAGCCGUUGCGAAGUACCUGGACCUCCAAGUCAACCAGCCCCUCGUUCCCAUCACCAGCAUCCGGCAGACGAAGGUGUCUUCCCAAAAGAUCUUGACUGAGAUCCACAAUUGUCGUCAGCAACUCAGCAGGAUAAAGGACAUUGUGGCCGAGCAGGGUUGCGAGUUCGGAGUCCAGAUGCACAGUUUUGUGGCGCAGCUUGAUGCCCACAUCGCGCGCGGCCACGAGUACUACGCCAUGCAGGACCUCAUCCGCAUCCACCUGGAGGGCUGGAGCUGUCCGCUCUACACGAAGGUUGCGUUGCUGUGUGCUCCGACCAUAUCCACUCUUGCGCCCAAUGCUCUGGCUGUGCGAGGACCUGUCCCAUUUGCGGUUCCGGAGCUCCGAUUUACCUCUUCGAGGUUGAGAAGCUUCACUCAUGCGAGCGGUGUGGCGCGGUGUUUCAUAAGACUUGCUUUCGACGGGCAAACUCGGAGUGCCCGUUCUGUUUGGAAGCCACAUCCUUUCGGAGAAAGCCUUCUGUUGCAGCAGUUCAAGCUCGAUGAUGCGUUGUGCAGUGCAGAGGAUGUGGGAGAUGCGAAGUUGCGAAGCGGGACUCGUUUUGAGGCUCAGUGGCAGGCAGAACCAGGUGCUUUCUUCGAGUCGCACGACGUCGGCGAGAUGUUUGCCGUGAACGAAAAUCAUCACAAUGGCGUGGCUUAUCUCAGGUGCAUUCACUCUGAAACAAGUAGCAACUUGGCUACUUUUCGGGGUGGCGAGAAUGAAAUAUGGGAAGAGGUCGCAGCAACGCAUCUGUGGGUAGAUCUCCUAUCCUCUGCUCGCAGAGAGUUGAUGGACGAUUCUCCGAAUGCGGGCCUCGCUUCGACUGCCUGA